UCUUUGUGGCUCACUGGUGCAGUGCGGGGAGCGCCUGCAGAAGCCGUACUUCUCUGCAUCAGAAAGGCAGGGGGAACGAGGGGCAAGUGGCCCAGAUUUGUAGGACCUUGGGCAGGACAGGAGGGAAACAAAGGGAGACAGAGACGCAAGAUUAAGUCAGGGUUGGGGAAGGAGAGGCCCGAGAGGAGAGAUGGCCAUACAAACCGGUAAAAAAGGCUAAACUGAAAAGGUAACUAAUGGGACUUUUCCAGAAAACCAUGUGUGUUGCACAAUGGCUGCCCCCACCUCACUCUGCCGAUGAAAUCCUAAGUAAAUCGACAUCGCUCACGCUUCACCACUAAUCAUGGGAUGCAGAGCUUUCCCCACGAUAUGUGGGAAAACCGAAGAACCCUAUCGUGAAGUUGCCAGGAGUGAAGAAAGAGCCGCAGAGCUGAAAACAGCCACAUGCCCUCGAUGUUUGAGAGUAUCUGCAAGAAUUUGGUCAGAGACUUUGAAGACAAAGACCUGAGGCCUGUGAGAUACCUGCUGAGUGCCAACAAAUCCCGUCAGUUUGCAACAUUAUGGAAGAAGAGGAAGAAUUGCUCACAGUUCUGGGAACAACCUGAUGUUCCAGUUGAAUACACCCUCGUGGACAUCCUGGAGCCAAGCUCUUCAGCCCCAGGAACUGUUGUGACAGGACCGUUCCUCUUCAGCGACACCAUAGUCCAGAAGCAGGCGGCUAGUGCAGAUCUGUCCGCUGGGCUACACCUACGUGUGUCAGGGGAAGCUAGUGGGUCCCACGAAUCUUCCCUAGAGUUUCAGGCUGUUACCAUCCCGCUUCACAACUGGGAAGACCUGCAAAAGAGGAAAGUAUUGGAUCAAGAGCUGUUUUUCCUGGUGGAGUGCAAGAUCAGAGGGGACAACCUGUAUGUGAUGACAGAGGCGGUGGAACUGGUCAACAGUGCUGCACUACGUGACAGCAGCCUUGUGAACAUUUUGGGGAGAUGCUUUAUCCCUUGGAAUACUCUUGUCAAGGGGGAAGCAGUGGGAGAAGGUCUUAGAGUGAGAGAGAAGACGCUGACCCUGCCAAAGGGCACGGUGAUGGCCUCUAAGAGGACGCUGCUGGUUUCCAAGGGGAAUGGCUGGUACAUCUCAGAUGACGACAAGCAGAGAACCUUCCCAGAAGAGCAACUGCGCAUGUUAAUGUCAUCAGGCCCUGUAAAUCCUACCAUCCUGCCAAUAGGCCCCACCGCCUUGUGGAGGGCGGCUCAUUUGGGCCAGGUCCUGCCCCACGCACUGCACUGCACGGCUGAUCAUCCCGGGAAUGUUCUGAUGUCAGCACUGCCCCCAUUUCCUAGUUGGCAUGAACGCCUGAGGGCAGAUUUCAGGUGCCUCCAAGAAGAGGUUUCUGAGAAAGCGGAGGCUGCGGCCCGGCUCCCCAGAGACGUUCAGGAUGUCGUGUUCUCUAACGUCCAGGACAUGCUCCGGGACCGAGAGGCCCUGGAGGCCCUCGUGCACAUGGUGAGAGGCUCCCUCAGCUUACAGGGGCUGACCACACUGGUGGACGGGAAACAUCUGAGCUGUGGGGCUCUGGCCCUCUGUCCACUGACCAGAGCCAAGGAGCGCAGCCCCACACACCGAGGCUGCUUACUGUCCCCUGGGGAGGCAGAGAGCCGGCACCUCCGUCCCUUGGUUAACUACUUACAGACACAGAAUUCACAGGCAGUUACACGACAGUGUCACACCAUCGUCCUCGUCAACAUCUGUCUCCCAAAGCUUGAACAGGAACCUUUGGGUCAUUUGAAUGGCCCUGGCGGCACCAUCCUAAAUAAGCUUCAAGAGGAUUCCGGGUAUUCAUGGAGUAACACAAAGUACCUCAUCCUUUACCUGCUAGAAGCCAUAGUCGUGCUGAAUGACACCCAACUUGAUCUGCUGGCCCGGUCCAUGGAGAAGGGGAUCCUGCUGCAUCAGCGGGAGCUGGUCCGGAGCAUCCUGGAGCCCAACUUCAAGUACCCCUGGAACAUUCCCUUCACCCUGAAGCCCGCGCUCCUGGCCCCCCUCCAGGGCGAGGCUUUGCUGAUCACCUGCAGCCUGCUGGAGGAGUGCGGCCUGGAGGUGAAGCUGAAUAGGCCCGGGUCCACCUGGGACCUGGAAGCCAAGCAGCCGCUGUCUGCCCUGUACGGGGCUCUGUCGGUCCUGCAGCAGCUGGCGGCAGCCUGAGCCCUGCCUGGGGGCGUCUGUCCAGAGCGGCCUGCCCCUCCCCAGGCCACGCUGUGAGUGCUGUCCGCGGGCUCAGGGCACCUAGGGCUACACCCCUCUGCCUUUCCAGGGGAGAGGAGGGGUGGGACAGGGCUCAGCGGAGACUCGACCAAAGGUUCUGGGGGGAUGGAAAUAUCUGUAUCUUGGUAAAGUUUCGUGCAUUUGUCAAAACUCAUCAAAUAGUAUCUAGAGAUGCGAGGAUUUCUCUGUGUGUACAAUUUAUUUCAAGACAAUAUAAGCAAAUACUGAACUCUAAUAAUAUGCAGUUUAAAUUAUUUUGGAUGAAUGAUACAAGUAACUUUCAACUUACUUUGAAAUGCAUCAAAAAGAUAAGGUGGGUUAAUAGAUGAAUAAACAGAUAUGUGUCCAAGAAUAUGUGGUAAAAUAUUAAAAAGAAGAGUCUUUUGUUCUUGUAAAAUUUUUGUA